CGUGAACUUGGUCGAGUUAACGAAUGCGGUAUUUUGUUGAGAACAUUCAUGAACAUAGGAAAUUCUUGAACAUUGAUUUCUUCUACUAUCUGUCCUUAUCAACUGUCUCGUCUUUUCGCCCACUUUCAGAGCAAAUCAGACAAGUCAACUGACCACACUUGUGCUACCGAAUACUUGAGUACAAGAUCAGCCUUGUUUAAGCCACUCAAAUAGAGUAAUUGACUUAAUACAUACGAUUUCAAAUUCCCAGUCAAAUCUUUCUAUACUGCAUUCCAAUAUGGCUUCAGGCGGGGCAUCACCAGCGGCGAAACCUACAGAUCUCUCAACCCCACUUCACGGCCUCUCCAAGUUAAAUCCCAACCAUGUUCUUAGCAUUGCGAGCGACGAGAAUGCCACUCCUUCCAAUGGCUCACCAACAGUCAAGGUCUGCGUCUUCUGUGGCUCCUCCGCAGGAAAGUCACCAGCGCAUAUGGAAGCAGCCCGCUCCCUAGCCAAAGUCUUCCACGAAAACAACAUCUCCCUCGUCUACGGCGGCGGAACAGUAGGCCUCAUGGGCGAAGUAGCACGUACUCUCGUCUCUCUCUCCGGUCCCACGUCCGUCCACGGCAUUAUCCCCGCUCCCCUGGUAAAAUACGAACGAGGACCCGACUCGACAAUAGCCAACGACCCCUCGUUCCUCCCAGACUACAAUACCUAUGGCAAGACGACAGUAGUGAAAGACAUGCACACCCGCAAGCAAAUGAUGGCGCAAGAGGUGCUGGCUGGGGGUCAGGGAAGCGGAUUUGUGGCUUUGAGUGGUGGGUAUGGGACUUUGGAGGAGCUGAUGGAGGUUGUUACUUGGAAUCAGUUGGGGAUUCAUAAUAGAGGCGUGGUGAUUUAUAAUGUGGAGGGGUAUUGGGAUGGUUUAUUGAACUGGGUCAAGGGAAGUGUGGAGGCGGGCUUUGUGGGAGAGGGUACGAAGGGAAUUAUCAAGGAAGCAAAGACUGGCCAGGAGUGCGUGGAGGGUUUGAAGGACUACAAGGUGGCAGAAGGUCGGUUCAAGUUGGAGUGGGGCAAUGAAUAGGUGGCAAGCACACAUGGAGUGCUGACGGGUCCUCCAAUGAUGAUUAUAGCUCUCUCACUAGAGACGCGUAUGGAUUUAGCGCUUGCUUUUGGCGUCGGUACACAAAGAAGGGCAUUGGAACCAGGUAGAU